GUAUUUGUGAACAUUAUGGCAAAGGACUUGCUGCAUCUUUAAAAGAUAUGAGAUUUAUUACUCCGCUUGUGGAUUCAGAAGAUAUUAAUUAUUAUAUUGAUUCAGGAAUUUCAAUCACCGCAUGA